CCCCGGAAAUGCACCGUAGGAGCGGAAGCGCCCGCCUACAGUUGCCGGCAGCAGUUCCGCGAUGGUGGGCGGCGGCGGAAUGGGGGGCGGCCUCCUGGAGAACGCUAACCCCCUCAUCUACGAGCGCUCUGGGGAGCGGCCAGUGACCGCGGGCGAGGAGGACGAGCAGGUUCCAGACAGCAUCGACGCGCGCGAGAUCUUCGAUCUGAUUCGCUCCAUCAAUGACCCGGAGCAUCCACUGACACUAGAAGAAUUGAACGUAGUAGAGCAAGUCCGGGUUCAGGUGAGCGACCCCGAGAGCACAGUGGCCGUGGCCUUCACACCCACCAUUCCGCACUGCAGUAUGGCCACACUUAUUGGCCUGUCCAUCAAAGUCAAGCUUCUGCGAUCCCUUCCCCAGCGUUUCAAGCUGGACGUGCACAUUACACCAGGGACCCAUGCCUCGGAGCAUGCAGUGAACAAGCAGCUUGCGGAUAAAGAGCGGGUGGCAGCCGCCCUAGAGAACACCCACCUGCUGGAGGUUGUGAACCAGUGCCUAUCAGCCCGCUCCUGAGCCUGAAUUUUUGCUCCCAGCCCCACGCAGGGCUCAUGGCCUUGUUUUCUUGAACCACUGACAAUAAGAAACUAACAUUUUGCAUUUUGUAAUAAACCUGUAAUUUAUAUUCA